UUUACGUUUCAAGACCAUCGAAGAGGCUGGAAGGUUGUGAAUGGCUAGUCCACAGAUGUAUUUAUUAUUGUCUAUUUAUUCGGACGGGAACAGGCGGAUGGCAACGAGAAUAUAAUUACGUGACUGUAUGAAUACUUGUUGAACUCACCGAACAUGAAUAUCUUACCCAAAAAGAGGUGGCAUGUCCGCACAAAGGAAAACAUUGCAAGGGUGCGGCAUGAUGAGGCACAGGCUGCAGAGGAGGAGAAACAGAGAGUUUAUAGAGCCAAGUUAGCGGAGAAAGAGGCUCGCACAGCCAUCCUAAGAGCCAAAGCCCGAGAGGAUUAUGAUGGAGGCUACGGCAGCCAAGAAGCACCUGAGCCACAGAAGAAGAGUGAGGGGAGUGCAGACAUCUACACUGCAGAUGGAAACAUCAACUUCUUUAAGGAUCUGGAGGACGGCAAGAAGACCCAUGGGACAAACAAGGAGUACGAGGAGGAGAAGAAAGCAGAGCAGGAAAAGUACGAGAAGAGUAUAGGGUACUUGACAUACUUGGGUCAAGAUUCAGUAGAAGCCAGUGGGGGCAAGGCCUGGUAUGAAGGCAUUGGUGGAAGGGCUGCCUACAGAGACAAGGAUGGUGAGGAGGUACAGGAAGUUGGACUCAAAAGUAAGAGCAAGCUGGAUCCCAUGAACGAUAUUAGGAAGUACAUGGGUUUCAAGCCUGCUGCAAAAGCCUCUGCCCCUCCAGCAAACAAACCUGUUCCUGUCAAGCAGGAGAAGAAGGAAGAAGUGUGUUAUAAAAGAACUGAGAGUAUGUCAAGGGAAAAAGAUGACAGACAUGUGAGAAAAGAAAGCAAAAAGAGAAAAAAACAUAAAAAGGAAAAGCAUAGCAGAAAGAAAAAGAGGAAAACUUAUAGUGAUGAUGACUCAGACAGAGAUAGGAAAAGUUACAAAGAAAAAUCAUCUAAAGAUAGAAAGAGAAAGAGAGAUAGUAGUAGUGACGAUAGCAUAGAUAGCUCCAGAGAUAGGAAGCGUAAGAAACAUGGAAAGAAUUCAAGAAGACCCAAGAAUAACAACAAACACAGGAAGAGGCACCAAAGAUCCAGCAGCAGUGACUCAACCAGUUGUACAAUGAGUUUCGAAUCAGAGAGCAGUGAGGAUGAAGAGACACGCAAAGAGAAAGAGAAGAAGCUGGAGGUCCUUGCUGGCUUGAACCCCAAUGAAAAAGAUGUUGCAAGUGAGAACAAGCCGGCUGUUAAACAGAAAUACCACUCGCAGUUUAACCCCCACUUGGCCAAACAGAAUAUGGAACCAAAACCAUUGCAGUCUGGAGUCAAAUACUGGCUUCAGUAGUUGGACAAUGUUAUUUGCUGAUUAAACUUUAAAUUUCA